AUGAAAUUCGCAAUCGUUACCUUGUUCACUUUGGCCUUGGCUUUGAGAGUUCAAUCCUCUAUACUUCCAUGGGGUGGUGUAGUAACACAAGUUGCCGGUGGACCUCUCUCAUACACCGCUGUUUCAUCACCAGUCGUAUCUGGUUGGCCUUGGGGUGGAGCUGUUGUCUCCGGAAUUCCAGCUGGCGUUCCCGCUGUUGUUGCUGGUCACGCUAGUUAUGUGGCCCAAACUCGUGGUGCUGUUCACGCUGCUCCCUUGGCUGGUCAUCUCAACUCGGUAGCCAAUGUUAAUGUAGCCCCUGCACCCGGUACCAUCUAAGCUACACUAUGUAUUUAGCUCAACAAUCGUAGUCACUUGAAAUCUGCCAGUAUGAUAAGUUCAUUUAAAAUCUAGUUUUAGUUUUGUUACGUUUUCAUAAAGUUCAGGGUACAAUGUCGAGUAAUAUUUGCACAUGA